AUGCUUCGUAAACUUAUCUUGGCCUCAUUGGUCAUGCUCUCCUCUGCUUUUCCUCCCUCCCCUCCCCCCAAAGUUUCCUUUGAACAGGAUCGCGAUAUCGCCCUGGCGAUCAUCAACAAAGCACGACGAGCUGGUGGGCUCCAUGAUCUCUAUUGGGAUGAACGCUUGGAAACGGAUGCACGACGCUACGUCAGCAAGCUAAUCUCCAAAUCAACCCCAUGGGGUUACUCGAAUGCCCAGUCUCCAGUGUCAGGAGAGGCUAUAUACAAGGAAACUACAGCAACUGAUUGCGAAGGGCAAUCAUUCAAGGCUACUUUCCAAACCGCUGCAGCAGCUUGGCUUCGGAAAGACAACAGCGAGUCCGAAAUGGAAGCCACUACCAACUACUAUGCGUGCAUGUCACCCACCGCGAGAUAUGUUGGGUGUGCUAAAGGAGACUUUACAGAAGAGAAAGGAUGCACCUUUUACGAUGUGUGCGUUUUUGGGUACAGUAUUCCAGCUGUGCCUGGCAUCGGCAAAGGACCGUGUCCCAAUGAUCAAGACAAAGACAAGAAGCAAAAACUUUGGAUGCAGACUCCAUACAAAGUCAUACCUAUGCGUUAUCUCAACGACGGAUAUGGGCUUGUUGACCCUCACGACCAAGACUCCUAA